UUGAGCCUUGUCUGCUACCACGGCAUAGAAAAGGAUACCGAAUACCAACGAAGGGAAUCCGAAGGAAAGUAGGAAAUCGCGAGUGUAUCGGAAAGGAAAGUACUCGUACCCGCGAGUGUAUUGCCGGCAUAACGCGCGGAUUAGAGAGAAGGUCGAGGUACAUUGGAGAAUACGACGGCGUCGACGACCUGUAGGAGACGACACCUGCUUUGCUCGAAACGGGAGACCGGAGAGACACGGUGACGGCGGGGGCGGCCAUACUCAAACAACCGCCGAACGAAGUGCGCGGCACAACGCAGAAAUGAGACGAUAAUAAAACCGUAUUAUAUCGUUCGUAGACGGCCUGGGGACGAGGUGUAACGGGUAUAAGUGCCUCCAUUGGUACGUAAAGAAAAGAAUUUACGAAAGGAAGUGAAAACGGAAGUGUGGAGAGUGGAAAGAAAAAGAGGAAAGCGGCCCGACGAAUCGAGGCGCAGGGAACGGUAUGAGUGCGAAGACGGACGUGAACAGGCGGGUCCUAGCGAUUCAGGCCAAGAAAAAAAGGCACAAGCCAAGCAAGCGGAAAGGAAAGGGAAAUUCUCAGGGUGAAUCAGAGACACCAGGAGCUCAAUGCUCGAAGACACCAGCCGUUCAACCAGUACAAGGAUCAGAUUUCUACUUCGGAAAAAGACUGGAACCAUGCCAUAGCUCAAGUAAUGAAACAAUAGAGGACGAUGACGAGGUAUACAGUACCGAAGAUGAAGAGCAAGAGGAUAGCAGUGAUUAUUGCAAAGGGGGAUAUCAUCCUGUUAAAAUAGGGGAUUUAUUUCAAAAUCGUUAUCAUGUAACGCGUAAACUUGGUUGGGGUCAUUUUUCAACAGUAUGGCUCUGCUGGGAUUUACAGGAUAAACGAUUUGUGGCACUUAAAGUGGUGAAAUCUGCGACCCAUUUUACUGAAACUGCAUUGGAUGAAAUUAAAUUAUUGAAAGAUGUGCGUGAUAUAGAUCCUAGUGAUCCUAAGCGCAAUAAAACCGUCCAGUUGCUCAAUGAUUUCAAGAUCAGUGGCAUUAAUGGUCUGCAUGUUUGCAUGGUAUUUGAAGUGCUUGGAGAUAAUCUUCUUAAAUUGAUCAUCAAAUCCAACUAUAGAGGAAUUCCAAGGAACAAUGUUAAACGUAUCAUCAGACAAGUUCUUGAAGGUCUUGAUUACCUUCAUAAUAAAUGUAAAAUUAUUCAUACAGACAUAAAACCUGAAAAUGUUCUUAUUUGCGUCGAUGAAGCUUAUAUACGAAAGCUAGCUUGCCAAGCUACAGAGUUGCAUUCUCUUGGAAUGAAAUUGCCAGUAUCGUUAGUUUCAACUGCACCAAAGGAAUUCCAAGAGCCUACUCCUAACUCUAAAAUGUCAAAGAAUAAGAAGAAGAAACUGAAGAAAAAAGCCAAACGCCAAAAUGAACUAUUAAAGAAACAAAUGGAACAGAUUGAAGAACUCGAAGAGCAAAAUAAGCUAGCAAAUAGCACAAGAGAAAAUGGAGAAGUAGAAACAAAUAGUCCUGAUCAAGAUAUAAAUACAGAAAGUAUAGAAGAUAAUACAGAAAGCAAAGGUUCGCCUGAUAUUUCAGAACCAUUUGUACCUUCAUUGCACAUUAAUGGUGUGGAUAGUUUAGCAGGCGGAGAAAAAGUAGAAAAUCAAUUAUCUCAACAAUCUGAGAAAAUGGACAAUGCAAACUUAUGUGACGUAGAAAAAAGUUGCGGCGAAGGGGUAUUACCACCCGAUCAUGAAGAUGCAGACGAAUGUAGCGAAGGUCGUAAUUUACAACCACCUGAGAGUAAACAAUUAAAACGAGCAUCCGUAGCUCCUUUAGAUCCUGCCAUAGUGGAAUGCGAUGUUGAAGUGAAAAUAGCAGACCUCGGUAACGCUUGUUGGGUCCACAAUAAAUUCACAGAUGAUAUUCAAACUCGUCAAUAUAGAUCAUUAGAGGUGUUACUAGGAUCAGGGUAUGACACUUCCGCGGAUAUAUGGUCCACUGCCUGUAUGGCGUUUGAAUUAGCAACUGGUGACUAUCUGUUUGAACCACAUACUGGUAAAGAUUAUUGCAGAGACGAAGAUCAUUUAGCACAUAUUAUUGAAUUGCUUGGAGAAAUACCAAGACGUAUCGCCUUCUCAGGCAAAAACUCAAAAAUGUACUUUAAUAAGAAAGGGGAAUUAAAACACAUUACCGGAUUGAAACCUUGGGGACUGUACGAGGUGCUUACAGAAAAAUAUGAUUGGUCGCCAAGAGAAGCACGCGAGUUUGAGGAAUUCCUAACUCCGAUGCUCGAAUUUGACCCAAUUAUGCGAGCUACAGCAGCAGACUGCCUGAAACAUCCGUGGCUGCAAAUCAAAAAGUGAUCGUGUUUUUUAUCGUUUUAUCUUUAAAUUCUUCAACUCUAAACUUUUACCAUCCUGAUAUAAUCAUAAGUCGAGAGUGUGACAAGAAGCAACGGCAACCUGCGGGUGUCAGGUUCUUUCAUAUUAUAUACAAUAUUUUAUUCCAUACAUUUAAAUGCAUUGUUAUUGAAAACGGAUACAAUAAAAUUAUUUAAUAUUUAAUAUACACAAAUAAAUUGUAAUAUAUAUGUGCAUAUAUAUACGCACGUACGCGGGCGCGCACAUUGUUAUAGAAUUCAAAAUUAUUAUAAACUUAUAAACUGUUACGAUUCAGAAAAGUUAUUUUUACCCUUUUAACUGGCUAUAAUUUGAUUUAAUUAUCAUUUACGUCUGAAUUGUUAUAUGUAGUUUUAAGUGACGAAGAAGAAACAAAAUUCGAAAAUUAAUGAAGAAGAAAGAGCUUGAUACAUUCCGUUAAAUUUCCUAUGGGUACGCUUCUGAUUGUAACACUCUCGAUAGUGGCUGCCUAUUUGUGUAUUUAUAAAUUUGUUAAAUCAUGUUUUUCAUUUAGUAAUGAUAUCUUAAAUUAAAAUUUCGUAGUACUUUAUUAUUUUACACGGUCAUCGUUGUACUAUCCUUUGUACUUGUCACUUAAUUUAUCAUCAAGUAUCCCAAGAGUCAUGGGACCUACUCAUAAUAUACUUAGAAAAUGGCAGGCACAAUGUUAUGCUACAAUGAACAUUAAAAUUUUUAUUAUCAUAUUCUUUUUGUAUUACGUCGAUUAGCCGAAAUUUGUUCAUAGCAGAUUUCUUCACUGUGAUCUCUCCUUGUGCUUAACUAAUAAUCAGAAAAAUAACGAUUAUUAUUAUUAUCUUAAUAUCGAUUAAAAGGAAUAAUACUCAUUACUCAUACGCCGGAACGUGUGUUUAAGGAACUG